AUGAUACCAAGCCACGUGGCUUUUGUAGCUGACAUUUCGAAUGUUUUAGCAAAAAGAGGUCAUAAAGUGGUAGGCUUCAACAGAAAAUGGCGGAUAUUGUACUCGUUUCAGACCGUCAUAGACAACAUACUACGUAGUGAUAUUAGCAACAAACUUGACCCGAAUAUUAUCGAAAAGAUUGUCGAGGUGAAAAUGGUAUAAUUAAAACCCAAAACCCCUAUAAUCUCCGUCAUUUCAGGCUGAAAAUGUCGGCAAAUUAGUGCGCAAACGCGAAAUUCCAGCAAAGUUCUGGAGCAUGCGAAAUGAGCCGGAAGAGCAGAGAGAAGUUAUGGAGCAGCUGGGCAAGAUGUUUCUGGAGCAGUGCAAGCAUUUGGUGCUCCGGAGUGAGGUGCUUACCGAGCUCCGGAACUUUGAGUUUGACUUUGGCAUGCACGAAGUGUUCGACACGUGUGGAAUCGGGAUAUUUGAAAAGUUGAAGAUCAGAAAAUCGGUGAUUCUGUCGUCGGCCGGGAUGAGAGAUAUUGUGAAUGAGGCACUCGGCAUCUCGGGACCACUUCAAGCCUCUUGUGAGCUCAGAAACUGCAGCAUCUAUAGACCGUGUUCUUAGAAUUUUCAGCCAUUCUCGCGGACUACGGAAGCGUUGUACCCUUUUGGGAAACUCGGAGGAAUCUGAAAUUUCAUUCGGCUUGGAGAAACUUCUUCGAGGUGCAGAGCAAGGAAUUGGAGCAGCUGCUCGGAGUUGAGAAGAGUUUUGAGGAACUAUUGCGGUACAGUAACCUGAUGUUUGUGAACACUCACGAACUCGCAGACUGCCACAGGCCUUGGAGUCGAAGAGUUUAUAAAAUCGGAGGGAUUUCCUUCAAAACUCCCAAAGAUCUGAAUGAGGUACGCGGUAGGCUUUGGAAGUUGUGGAAACUGGUAACUUUAGAACUACACAUCUCUCUUCGCCAACUUCUCCUCAAUCGUUUUGAUCUCUUUUGGCACCACAACUCCUUCCGUUUUGAUGCCAGAAGUCUACAAAACCACUUUUCUAAACGUUUUCUCAAAAUUCCCGGAGACUUUGUUCAUUUGGAAGUAUGAAAUGGAGGAUGUUUUCGCAAAGAGCUACACAGGAAACAAUGUGGUUUUCCGGAAGUUUGUACCUCAAACCGACUUGUUAGGUGAGCAAGAAUCUUGGUAUUUUGAGCACGAGCAAUUAUACUGUCUGGUUGUGAAAGUCUUAAUUAUACUUAGGGACCGCAACGGGUUUCGCAAAACUCCGAAUUUCCAUAAAAUUUUUGAUGGAAUGUGUUCCCCCACUCUAUAUGAGUACGCUCCCAAUUUUUUUUACCAAAAUUUUCGGUACAUCCCGAGUUACACCCCUUCAAAAUUGCCCUGUUUUCUCCCGGGUCGGCGGCAGGGGAGGGGCGUGGCCUCGCUUGCAAGUUUGCCGCACGCGUUUUUUCUCAUUAUCUGGUGGACCAAACCAAAGAGUCAACAUUUUAAAUGAACAGAAAUGAUGUUCUAAAAAAGCAAAACCACUUUUGAGGUCAAAAGUUUCGAACCCGACACCUCAAAAUAGCCGAGCGAGCACUCUGCCACUGCGCCACCCAGGCGGAGGCGCGCCCGCCGCCAAUCACGUUGAAAAGCUCGGUGUGCGCGGCCCCUUACAGGGGUGAAGUUAGUGCAUUUUCGCGCUGAAAUUCGAAACAUAUCUGACUGUAACUUUUUUCGGCAACGUGGAAAAUUGUAAUUCUAAACGGAAUUUUGUCUAGAAUUUCACGCAGAAUCCGAUUCCGUAAAAAUUAGCCGUGUGAACGGUACCUGUGACCCUCAAAUCCUCGAAAAAAACUAAAAAUAUCGUCUGAAUAGGCGUUACUCAAUCGAACACAAAAAAAUGCUCCUAGGGUGUCUAGAGCUCUAAAAAUUUAUAUUUGGGUUCUCAGAGAGUAUAUCUAUAGAUUCCGAAAAUAAAAAAAAGGGGUCAUCGCUGAAAAUUUUCCGCUAACUUUUCUGGCAGUUUGAGGAUCUGUAAAAAAUUUCGGCAACGUGGAAAUUUAAAUCUGACUUCAAAAACGGAUUCCCCAUCCCUUAAACUAUCGGAAUCACUUGAAAAUAGGCGUGUGAUCCCAUAAACUUGGCCACACAGGCUCUCAGACUGACUUCCGUUUUCGUUUUCGCCGUUUUUUGGAAAAACGGUACGUUUUCACGUGAAAUGGAGUUGUUCAUUGGAUUCAGCAUGGUCGAUUACAUAAAGUAAAACUUUUUGGGUAUGGUACUUCAUUUGGGGACCUCGGUACAGACCGUCAAACACGCGCGCGCGAAAAUCGGGAGAAAAUUCGUCAGGCCACGCCCCCUUUGUUGCGCCCCCUAAUAAAUUAUACUCUCAAAUGCCAAAGGAAACUGGUGAAUUAAAGUUGCAAAGACUAAAAAAUGUUUAUUUUCGAAAUGCCGUCUAUUCGAGAGGAUGUAGCUCAGAUGCCUGUAGAGAUAACAAGAAGUGAUCAACUAUUAAAAUAUACAUCACAUCUUACUAGGGAAUGAUCAACAGGUAAGUUGGUCUUAUGAGCCGUGACUGACAUAGUUCGAUAGCUUAUACCAAGAGGAUCAAAUGUUCUGUUGAUCGUUUUUGCUGCCGGCACCUGGAUUUCGAGAAAAUGCCGCCGGAAAAUUUCCACUGAUAUCCUGUAUUUUAGGCAAUUUUACGAGCAAAAAUUGGGGUCCAUGCCAAUUUUUAAAAAUUGCCGCGUACCCGUGACCGUCAAGGGGUCUAUGCCAAUUUUUAAAAAUUGCCGCGUACCCGUGACCGUCAUGGGGUCCAUGCCAAUUUUUAAUUUUUAAUGUACUUCAUGAAAUUUCAGAAUCCGGUCGAAUCUCGCUGUUCAUAACGCAUGGCGGCCAGAACAGUCUGCUCGAGUCGCUCCACUCAAGAACCCGGUCGCUCGUGAUUCCCCUGUUCGGAGACCAACAUCGCAACGCGCAGAUUGCCCUGGAGAACCGUCUCGUUCAUGUCCUCAAUAAAAAAGAACUUUCGAACGCGGAAAUGGUGGAGAAUGCUGUGAAAACGGGGUUGGCAAGUUCUGAUCAGAGGUUUGUGAAGUUUGAGAAAACAUUUGAUUAGGAGGUUGUGCAGACUGGAAGUGAACUUGCGCGGUGCACGACAAACAUCCGAGACACUUUUGAUUGGCGCAAUUGAAUCGACGUACGCUGCAGUGUCGUGCCCUCCGAACUUUGAAUCCUUCCCCCGCUUUCACUCGUCUGAUGUCAUCCUUCUGUUGCUAGACUUCUCCGUCGUCGCCGCCGCCUCGCUAAUCUUUGUUUCGAUGGUCACUAUCAUGUUUUUACAAAUGAAAUGAGCAUAUGUCUGUUCUGUUCCCUGUUCUGAGCUUUCAACCUCUGCCUAAUGAGGGGGCACGUCGGCACAUUUGGAGAACUCGAUGAGAAGGAAAGAAACCCGUCAACAGAUUCAAUUGUGUUUUGUGAGACACUAGAGAGAGAGACUCCGCCUAAUCCAUUUGUCCUCCUUUAUAAACGGAGGGAAAGGAAAAAGUGAGUCUACUAAUCAUGAGAACACCUUCCGUCCUCCACCACCUCCUCCUUCUCCCGGUCCUAUUGGCUCCGGCAUUCGCAAAUCCCUUCAAAAUCCUCGUUUAUGCACCGAGAAUGAUGCAAAGUCACGUCUACUUCACAGCUCGGAUAGCUAAUGUUCUAGCAGCAAGGGGUCAUGAAGUGGUGGGAUAUGAGAUGCUUACUACUGUAGAAUCAACCAACAUCCGUUCAGACUGUGGUGGAUAACAUAUUUCGAUAUGAUGUCGAGAAUGAGCUAUCCACGGAUAUCCAUCAAAUCAUCAGUGUAGAGCCUAGCCCGGAGGUCACUAACCUUUUGAACACUGGAAGUUUACCGAUCAUUCUCUGGAACUCGAAAGCCUCUCCGGAAGAGCAAAGAGCGGUAAGAUACCUUUGGAAUCCGUGCUUACCAUUACUUUUAGAUAAUGGAAGGCCUCGGCCACGUGCAUCGUCUCCAAUGCGCGCACCUCGUGACGAAUAGCACGCUGAUUGCCCAACUGCAAGCUAUGAAAUUCGACUUCGCCAUCCACGAAAUCUUCGACUCUUGCGGCAUCGGCAUUCUGGAGGCAGCUGGCAUUCGGAAGACGGUAAUUGUCUCGUCGACGGGGCCGAUGGACGUGGUGCCGAUUAUGUUGGGAGUAUCGGAGACACUCGACACGCCUUGUGAGUUUACAGAAACCCGGACUGAUCAACUCUUCAGAGUUCCAGCCUUGCUCUCCGACUACGGCAGCUCGCUUUCCAUUCAUCAAAAGCGUCGGAAUCUGAAGUUCCUUUCGGCAAUGCUGAACUUUCACGAAAUGCAAGAGACCUGGAUCGGACCGUUGUUCAGGAAGAUCCAUGGAAUCAAGAGGCCGUUUAGUGAUAUUAUGAGACAAGCGAAUCUGUUGUUCUACAAUAUUCAUGAGGGAUCCGAUGGAAUGAGAAUGCGUGGGCGGAGGAGUUUCGACAUCGGAGGCAUCGCUUUCAAAGAUCAAAAGAAUUUAACCGAGGUUUGUAAGGUGAGUGGAGGGUCCAACUUUGCCGAUCUUCCAGGAAUAUCUAUGGCUCCUUUCGGAUCCCCGUCCCAAAGUUCUUGUUUCGUUCGGCACGGCAGCCACGUCAUUGCGUAUGCCUGAAAAUCUCAAGAAAUCUCUGUUGAAAGCAAUGAAACAGAUGUCGGACGUGGUUUUCAUCUGGAAGUACGAGCAGGAGGACGAGUUUACAAAUGCAGAGGCGGCGACCUCGAAUGUCAUUUUCAAAAAGUUUAUGCCGCAGACGGAUUUGUUAGGUUUGUUAGAGCGGUCGCUUCGAAUUGGCGAAAAUGGUGCUUCAGGCAGCAGAAAGAUCGCGCUGUUCAUCACGCAUUGCGGUCAGAACAGCCUUCUCGAAGCGUUUCACGCGGGCGUCCGUGUUCUGGCCGUUCCGCUCUUCGGCGACCAACAUCGGAACGCAAGGUUGGCCGAGGAGAACGGUCUUAUCGAAAUUAUGCCCAAAAAGGAUAUUGAAGCUUCUGCAAAAGUGGUGACAGCGGUUAGGAAGGCGUUGGAGAGGAAUGAGAGGUGAGAUCGAUCCUCUUUGUAAAGUGAAGCCAGAAAGUUUAAGCCUUUUCAGACUUGAAUCCAACCUCCUGCACAUUGCUUCUUUGCUCCGAAACUCCAAGUCCGACGCCGAAUCGCUUCUGAUCUCCACCAUCGAAUCCACGUAUUCCAACGAGUUCCCGCCCGAUUUCCAGAAAUUCCCUCAAAAUCUGCACCCCAACACCAUUGUUCUACUCAUCGACAUCCUUCUCGCAACCGUUUUUCUCGUGAUAACCUUCGCGGCAUUCAAGUUUUUGCGUAAAAGUUUCUGGUAA